CCGGAAGUUAGUCUUAAAAUGACACUUAAUACAAUGAGGAAGUGAUAGUACUUUUUGGCUUAUGUCUUUAAGAUAUGGGCUUAUUUUCCGUCUCUCGUGUACAUUUUAUCGCACAUUAAACGUGUUUAUUAUAAAUCGCGAUAUGUCAACUCAGAAAAGAUUAAACUAAUCAGGGAAAAUAAAAUAACCGACUUCUUUCAAUUUCUGGUACGCUAACAGCAACAACCUAAUGCUACAAGAGUCGCUUUGAAGUUGUUUGAAGAUUUUUAGAUCACCUAUCGAGCCAUAAACAUGGAACAGGACACCGGAGAACACAACACCACAACCUCUGGAAGUGAAGUUGAUGAAGAGGAGAAGGAGAAGUGGAAGAGACCUCCUUCCAGUUAUGGCUCGAUGAAGAGUGACAUUGAAAGCACAGAUGAGGAGGAGGAAGGGGAAAGGCCGGUUACUGUGCUACCAGAACAUCCUGCUCCUCCUGAAAUGAGAUACACCGUGAUGCCCUCAGAGUCUGCAGUGAGUCGUUUCACUGAAACCACCCAGCAGACCAAACCCCCAGGAGCUAUGGUCAUUGACACUGGCUCUGCGGAUCCAGAUGAGCUGACAGAGGAGGAAUUAGAAGAUGGGGAUGAACCUUUGUACACUUGCUCCCCAGAACCACCUGAACCCUUGGAAAUGGAAGGUUUUAUGCAAACAGAGGAGGACGGCCAGCCGGGCAGGCUGGACCCAGAGCAGGAUCUGCCUCACAUAUUCAAAAGUAUCCAGAGUACUUUAUCUGAUCUCAGUAAUGAGGAGCUGUUCAAGUUUAAGACGUGGUAUUACACAUGGCAGCCCGGCAGCGCCCGGACCCAAGUGCUGCAGGGAGAUCUCCUUGACUUUGUAGAUAAAAGCAUUGAGUUGUUUGGAGCAGAUAAAGCUUUGAUGAACACCAUAAAAACUCUUGAAAGUAUGGACAAGAAGGAGGAGGCAGAAAAACUCAAGAAUCAGUGCAAGAAAGCAUUGUUCCGUUUUUACCUGAAAAACAUUUUGUUCCGAAAACACCAAAUCAUUCACGAGGGCGUGGUUCAAGCUGGAAAGCAGAGUUUUCUGAACAAUGUCUAUGUGGAGCCUCAGCUGUCCACCCACGGGUGCGGAGGAGUCGACCCUUCUCACGAGUUCCUGCCACAGCCUCCGACUCCUCUCCAAGUCCCCGCCGAGGACACGUUUGUUGGUGUGAACAAUCUGUUCCGACUACAGAAGGGUGACGGCUCGCCGGUGAGGACGGUGGUCACCACUGGGAUUGCAGGAGUGGGGAUGUCCGUCUCCGUGGCCAAAUUCUCUCUGGACUGGGCAGAAGAGCGCGCCAACAGGGAUUUGCAGUACGUCAUCAAGCUUUCAUUCAAAUCUUUGUGGUUUCUGCGAAACCGAAGCAAUGCGGUGAACAUGUCCGUCUCAGAAGCAAUAAACUAUUAUUAUUCUGGAGUGAAAGACUUUAAGCUGCUGGAUGAGGAGAACACUAAAGUUCUGGUCAUAAUGGACUCUUUUGAUUGCUACCAGGCUACUCUGGACUGGCAGAACGCACCGGUGAUAAACGACAACUACACCAGAGCUCCCGUAGACGUCCUGGUAGUGAACAUCAUCCGAGGGAACCUGUUUCGUGGCGCUCGCCUCUGGAUCCUUGGCAGACGGGCUGCCGUCUCACAGAUACCGCCUGAGUUUGUGGAUGUCGUCACUGAGCUGCAGGGUUUUAGUGAUGAGAUGAAAGACGAAUACCUGACCAAACGCUUUUCCAAUAAACAACUAGCUGAAAACAUCGUGCACCAUUACAAGCGUACGCCGACACUCCGAAUUCUGGCUCGCCAUCCGUUUUUUUGCUGGAUUUUGGCGACCGUGUUCGACCGCUGCUUCCAGUACCAGGGCUAUGGCACCAACCCCCCCAGACUGACGCAGUUUCUCAUCCACAUUAUGAUCAUUCAGACCAACCGCAGGCUGCGGUUCUACUACGGAAAGGCAGAAAAUGAGCUGAAAUGGACUGACACAGAGAAGAAGCUGUUGACGAAGAUGGCAAAGUUGGCCUUCAAGAUGCUGGAGAGGAACACCAAUGUGUUCUAUGAAGAGGAGGUGAAGGAGCUGGGCCUGUCGCUGACGGAGGUGGUCGUGUUCUCGGGUCUGUGCACGGAGGUCUGUCCCCCUGUCCCAGGCAGAAGGACGUUCUGCUUCAUCCACUACACCUUUCAGGAGUUCAUGGCUUCCCUCUACGUCUUCCUAAUGUUCUACUUGGAGUCUAAGAACAUUCUGGACUCUGGUUCUCUGCCCAAGCACUUGACACUCGGCAAAUCAGCUGCAGGCUUGGUCAAGUGUGCCGUGGUGAAAACCCUUAGCUUGCCGCUGGGUCGCUAUGAGAUGUUCCUGCGCUACUUGUGUGGUUUGCUGUCCUCAGCUUGCUACUUCACCCUGCUCAGGGGGUUCCUGUACCCACACAACUCCCCGAAGGUGACGGGACUGGAUGUGGCGCAGCAGCAACUGGAGCAGGCCAUUCACACGGCUACUGCAGACAGGGUGGACAAUCUAAAAGAGUGCCUUAGAGAGAUGAUCCAGGACGAUGACUGAGCUCCGGUCAGUGGAUAAACCACCUGAGCUGGUUUAGAUGUCUUUAAGUUUCAGUCUCAGCAAAGGAUCGAUCAGUAAUUUCAAAAGGUGACUCUGAAAUGGCAGAUAAUGACUUUUAAUAGCUUUUUUUAAAUCAUGUUUUUCAGAGAUCUACAUCAAACAAAGCAAAGUUUUUGUGGACUUCAUACAAAAUAGUUUAUUUUACUUAAAAUCUGAGUGAUACAGUUUGUAGAUCUUUAUUGUCCAGACAGAACAGUGUGUGUGUGUGUGUGUGUGUGUGUGUGUGUGUGAGCCAAAGAGGUAUUUAAGAAAAACACACUAACUGUUUGGUGGGUUUGUGUGCUGUUUUUGUUUCAAAUUUUUUACAAGUUUGUCAAGUUUACGUUUUUUUUUUAUUUCCUCUGUGAGAGCUGUUCUACCCCACCCUGUUCCAUGUUACUCAUAUUUUAUUGUUUAUUUUUCUAGAGUAUAAACAGGUUGUAACUAGGGGUUGUAUGAACUAGUCGACUUCACUGCUCUGUAGUGACUUUUUAUGCCUUUCAUCGACUAGUCCCUGUCACGUGAUAAUGACCGACAAGAUGCAGUCCUCGGAAAAGACAGCAGGUGAUGAGCUCCUGCGCGUCGGGAGGCGACACGCUGUGCCAGAGCGUCGGUACUGACACCCGCCGUAAAACGGACAUUUAACCAAAUUGUGACCUUUACCCUCUCGCAAUUUAACCUUCCCCUCACCCCCAUCCUAACCUUAACCAGCUUGCGCAUGCAAAGCUCUGAUUGUUGACUCACUCCAGACAUCUGUGUCCUGAGCACGGCCACCGUAACAUUAGCAAAUCAGGUGUCGCCACCUCAAAAACUAAUUUAACAUGCGAUCGUUCAUGUCGGCUCAUUUCCUUUAAUGUUUUCUGUCUUUUAUUUGUACCUGAUGCGUUUCGCUGCUGUGGAGCGGAGCGAAACACCUUGUCCUCCGGUGACGCACCGAUCACUGAUGCGGCCGCCAAGCAGCGAGCACUCUGCUGUUUUUGCGGUCGGUAGAUCUUUUAGAACUGCAGUUCAAAGGUAACUUAUAAGGUGAAUAUAUAUGAACCCACGUAGCAGUUUUUCCUUAGGAUUGAGAGGAGAUGCAGGAAGAUAAUAAACAGGCAGGACAGGAAAAUAGUCAAAUAAAAACAAGUUUGCUAGUCAAAGUCGACUCAAUUUUCAUUACUUGACUGUCGACUUAAAAAAAAAUUAAGUCAUGCAGCCCCUAGUUGUAACCCAGUUAAAUGUGACAAUUGUUUCAAAUAUCAUUAAUUCUGCAUAACUGGCAAAACACAAAAGGCUUCAAGCAGCUGGAAGCACCGGUCUAGUGCAACAAUCAGCCGUCACAUGGUCUCCAUGAGGAAGAACACAUGCAAAUUCUCUGAAAAUGUCAGGUUUCUGUUUGUGUAAUGAGUUUAGUCUAAAGAACAUCAGAACAGCUUGUCUGAUCUCACUCACAUCCAGGAUUAGAAGAGAUCAAAGUGAAAAAGAUGAAUGCUCUACUUUUAAUUGAAUGCACUUUGAGUUAAAUUGUUUAAAAGCACUUUUAUAAAUACUGUUCAAUGUCUUAUAAGAGAAAAAAGUACAAAUAAGAGAACUUGUGAUAAUGUGCUGACUGUAGUAUGUGACUUUUACCAGAGCAUCACAAGUUGGAGCUUUAAAUAAUUUUGUUUACUUGUUUA